AUUAAUUAUAUAGUUCUUUUUAUUUGUUCUCUCUAAAUGCAUGGAUCACAUCUAUUUUAUAGAAUCGUGUCCUAUUAGCCAUUCAUGAUAAUCUCCACUCAACGAAACCGAACGUUUUGGGCGAAGUAGCAGCAGCGGUGCGUAAUCAACGAAAAUCGGGAGCCCGAGUGUCGAGAAUAUUAUAUUUGGAUUGGCCAACAUUUGAUGGAUGACGACACAUCAUCAACAUUAUCAUCGACAUCAUGGGCAAGCUUUUAUCAAAAAUCUUUGGCAACAAGGAAAUGCGAAUCCUUAUGCUCGGUUUAGAUGCAGCCGGCAAGACAACGAUUCUUUAUAAACUUAAACUAGGGCAAUCAGUGACAACGAUACCCACAGUGGGCUUCAAUGUGGAAACUGUUACCUAUAAGAAUGUCAAGUUCAAUGUCUGGGAUGUUGGAGGACAGGAUAAGAUUCGGCCACUGUGGAGGCACUACUAUACAGGAACGCAAGGUCUUAUAUUUGUAGUGGAUUGUGCGGAUAGAGAUCGCAUAGAUGAGGCACGCACUGAACUGCAUAGAAUAAUUAAUGAUAGAGAGAUGCGGGAUGCCAUUAUACUGAUAUUUGCUAACAAACAGGAUUUGCCUGAUGCAAUGAAACCCCAUGAAAUCCAGGAAAAACUAGGCUUAACUAGAAUAAGAGAUCGCAAUUGGUAUGUCCAACCAUCAUGUGCCACAACCGGCGAUGGCCUACUCGAGGGUCUAACGUGGUUAACAUCAAAUCAUAAAUUAUGAGAAUCAUAAUUACAAUCACAAUCCUCUCCUACAACAAAGCAUGUAUUAAUUCGAAAAGAAGCAAAAUUCUAUUCUAUUUUUAUUUAUACAAACUGCAAAAACAAAACAAAAAAAAAAAAGGAAAAACAAACAGAACAACAAAAGGAAAAACGCAAGCGCAUAGUGAAAAGCCCAAUACUAAGAAUAAUCAUGAGAGAACGUACGUAAAUAAAAAAAUGCAUAUGAUCGAUAUAAUAUAUAUAUA